AUGGGGAUGGCACAGAAGAGCCAGACACUGGGCUGGGUGACUUCCAUCUUGCUGCUACAGAUGGCCAUUGCAGAACGCCCAAGGUGGACCCUGAAUGGCAAGCCCCGGGUAUUCCUGGACCUGAGUGCUUAUGAGAUCAAGAUUGUGAAGGAUUUCCUGAUGGACAAAAAGGAGCUGCAGCUGCAGUCAUCUGAGACCCCAACUUUGGGCAAGAACUCAGUAUACCUCAUAGAGAUGCUGCUGCCCGAUAAGGAGGACGUGCUGGAGUUUCUGGACAAAGGAAAGAGGUUUCCUGUGCGGGAAGCCCGUGUCGUUAUCUUCUUCGGUGCUCAGGAGCACCCUAAAGUCACUGAGUUUGCUGUUGGGCCCCUGCCAACCCCGAUCUAUAUGCGAGAAAUUUCUCCUGGGCCUGGGCACAAUCCAUCAUGGGCAUCUAGACCCAUUUCCAAAGCAGAGUACAGGCUCAUCCACAGUAUCCUGAUAGAGGCCAUGAAGCCUCUGCAUCAGUUCCUCCUUGACACCACUGACUACUCACUAGAAGACAAUGUUAAGGAUGCUCUGACCUUCACGUUUAUGGCCCCCCAUGGCACGAAGUCUGACCAGCGCCGAAGCUGGUUCAUGUUGCAGCGCUUUAUGGCAAGCCACUCCCUGCAGCCCAUAGGCCUGGAGAUCCUUCUGGAUCAUGGGAGUACAGAUGUCCAGCACUGGAAAGUGGAGCAGCUCUGGUAUAACGGCAAGGCCUACGACAGCCCAGAGGACCUGGCUCAGAAAUAUGCACGUGGAGAAGUGAGUAUAACGGUCCUCAUGGAGUCAGUUGCCGAGGACACAGAGCAGCCCCCAGUCUUCUCUUUCUCCAGUGACGCAGAGGAACUCCCCACUAGCAUCAGCAUGGCUAGACCCAGAGUGUCUGUGUCCCACGUUCCUGCCUAUACCAUAGAAGACAACAUGGUGUUCUACAGAGAUUGGAUUUUCUCCUUCCGGCUAAGACCCUCCUCUGGCCUGCAGCUCCUGAACGUGCACUUCCAGGGUGUGCGUAUUGCAUACGAAGUCAGUGUACAAGAGGCUGUGGCACACUUCGGAGGACAUAUAUCUGCAGGCACUCAGACCAAGUACAUGGAUGUGGGCUGGGGCCCUGAUUGUGCUACUCACCAAUUAGUCCCUGGCACUGAUUGUCCAGACACAGCCACCUUCCUGGAAGUCAUUCAUCACUAUGACACUGACAAGCCAGUCUCCUAUCCACAAGCUCUCUGUCUCUUUGAGAUGCCAGCUGGGCACCACUUUAACUCCAACUUUAGAGAAGACUUCAACUCCAGUGCGGGGACAAAUGGACGCAAGCUAGUGUUACGGACAAUCUCAACAGUCCACCACUAUGAUUAUAUUUGGGACUUCAUGUUCUACCCUAAUGGGGUAAUGAAGGCAAAGAUGCAUGCCACUGGCUUGAUCCAUGCCACCUUCUACCAGCCCAAGGAGAUGCGCUACGUCUCUCAAUCACAGACCCACCUAUUCAGCAACAUUCACACCCACCUAGUACACUAUCGUAUUGACCUGGAUGUAGCAGGCACCAAGAACAGCUUCCAGACACUGCAGAUCAUUUGGGAAAACAUCAACAACUCUAAGAAGCAGAGACAUCCUGUACUUGGAAAUACCCUAAAGAAAACAUAUUACUCCCAGGAGCACCAAGCAGCCUUCCACUUUGGAAAGCCACUUCCCAAUUACCUAAUCUUUAGCAAUCUCCAUACAAGCCAUUUGGGCCCCAGGAGCAGGUACCACCUGCAGAUCCACUCCAAAAUCCAUCAGGUGCAACUGCCAGGCUACCAGAAGAAGCGAGGUGUCUCUUGGACCAGGUACCCCUUGGCUGUGACUGAGUACCAGGAUGAUGAGAAGUGCAGCAGCAGCAUCUACACCCAAAAUAAUCCUUGGAAUCCCCCUGUGGUCUUCGAGGAUUUUAUUCAGAAUGAUACAAACAUUGAAGAUAAGGAUUUGGUGGCCUGGGUCACAGUGGGCUUCCGCAACAUCCCCCGUUCUGAGGAUAGUGCCAACAUGACCACACCUAAGAGCUCUGCAGGCUUUGUGCUCCAGCCCAUCAACCUCCCUGGCUUCUAGAGACACCCAGGUCUGACAACCACAAUGACAUCGGGCACUGCAUCCCUGGAGACAGAGCAUGCCUGACAUCCCCUCCUUUCAACCUCCAACCCUUUGCGAAGAACCCUGCCCCUGCUCCUGCUUAACAGCCCCAGAUCAGCACAAGGGUAGACAAUAAAACCUUCUGCUUCU